UGUUCAAUUGUGACUGUCACUGAUGGAUUUGAUUACCUCCCCCUGAACGCAGCUGCUGCUUUGCUCACACUCUCCAGCUGGCGGUUAAGGAUGGGCUUAAGGAGGCUGGCCAGAUGCACACUGUCAUUGCAAAGAUCGCCAACUUCAUUUCGCAUGUCAGGAAGUCCACAGAGAUCCUGCAGUCUCUGAAGCUUCUCCUAGCCAAAGCUACACACUGGAACAGUCAAUUGAAGAUACACCAUAAGAGAUGAAGACACAGCAUCUACUGAGCUCUGUGAUAUCCUGCAGCCCUUUGAAGACGCCACUGAUUGGUUUAACUCAAGUUGAUUUAGCUGGCAGUAUAUAAGAAGUUAGUGUUGAUUGUGGUGUCAUUCAUGAUCUGUGAUUUGCUGUGCGACAAAAAAGUCAAUAUUGUAAACAAUCAGUAUGCCAGCCACUCCUAAGGCUACGAAACUGGCAGUUAUGGGCCACUUUCUGGCCCCCACAAGCACCACAACAACUGGCAACUUGCAAUACAAGUGCAAACACUGUAAUUCAUGUAUAUCAGCUAACAUCAAGGCAACAUCAUCCAACCUGAAGAGGCACAUGAAGAGAAAGCAUCCUUCUAUCUCUACUGAGCUGAUCAACAGACCAUCUUCAUCAUCAUAUACUAACGCCAUUCAGCCAUCUGCAUCCUCCUUUACGGUAACCACGAAAUGGAAGGAUACAAAUCCCCGUCAGCUUAGGCUCACCAACUGCCUCCUCAACUUCAUUGCCAGUGACCUCAUACCUUUCUCUAUUGUGGAUAGUGCUGCCUUCCGUGAGCUUAUGGCCACUGCAGAGCCCAACUACACCAUUCCCAGCCGCAAACAUCUCAGCUACACACUUCUACCUCGGCGCUCUGCAGCAGUCCAGGCGGAUCUGAAACUGAAGAUGCAGCAGGCCCAGGAUAUGUGUCUCACCAUUGACAUCUUUAGUAGUAGAGAUAUGCAUUCCUUCAUCAGGAUAACUGGCCACUACAUCUUGGAUUAUACCAUACACAGCAUCAUGGUUGCCUGCAAGAGGUUUAAGGGAUCCCAUACAGCAGACAACAUCCGCCAUGUGUACCAGGAGACCAUUGCCUGCUACAACCUUGCCCGUCGUGUCUCAACCAUUGUAACUGACAAUGCAGCCAAUAUGGUGAAGGAUUUCAUCUUGCCUGGGAUGGAAGACCUUGCUCAAGUAGAAGAUGAGCCUGAAGCAGGGGGUGAAGAAGUGGCUGUCACUGAUGAAUUUGUUUAUCUCCCCCGUGAACGCAGCUCCUGCUUUGCUCACACUCUCCAGCUGACGGUUAAGGAUGGGCUUAAGGAGGCAGGUCAGAUGCGCACUGUCAUCGCUAAGGUCGCCAACUUAAUUUCCCAUGUUCGGAAGUCAACUACUGCCACACAGAUCCUGGAGUCCUCUCUGAAGUUUGUCCUAGCCAAUGCUACAUGCUGGAAUAGCCAAUUGAAGAUGCUAUGCUCCCUUCUUCGUGUACCUGACUCAGUGUUGGAUCAGCUUCACUUCCCAGACAAGCUCACACCACAUGAUAAGAAGAUAGCUACCGAGCUCUGUGAGAUCCUGCAGCCCUUUCAGGAUGCCAUUGACUCAGUUCAAGGGGAGAAAGUUGCCACCUCCAGUAUGGUAAUUAUUUGUAUUAGGGUGCUGCGUCAUCGACUCCAAAGUCUUGGGCGUACCUACGACUGGAAACUUGUUGCCACACUGCAGAUUGCUGUGGAGAAGAGGCUUGCACCUUAUGAGUCCCUGGAGAACUUCAGACUUGCCACCACCCUAGAUCCUCGCUUCAAGUUAGACUGGUGCACUGAGGAAGAGAUUCUUGGUGUAAGAGACCUUCUGAGCAGCAAAGCAUCAGCUAUCAAUCCUCCUACACCCUCCAGUGAGUCGUCACCUCCAUCUCCAUCUGCAAAGCGGCUGAGGCUCAUAGAAUUCAUGAGCAGCAGGAAGUUAGCCACAGUUUCAGCACAGACUCCUCCCUCUCUCCACCCAGAGGUUCAAGACUACCUCACUCAGGCAAUUGUUGCAGAGGACUCUGAGCCACUCACUUUCUGGAAGGAGAACAGACACAGGUACCCUGCCCUUGCCAAGCUGGCCUGCAAGUACCUGGCGAUACCUGCUUCAUCAGCACCUGUUGAGAGGUUGUUUAGCAUUGCAGGGAAACUUUUCCGCCCAGAAAGGUGUAACCUGACAGACUCUAAAUUUGAGCAGCUGAUGAUGAUUCGUUGUAACAGCAAGUUGAAUUGA